UGGACAUGAGCUCAGCCACAGCGAGGGGAAGAUCGUGACACUCUGGCUUAACUCUUAGGGGGCAGCGGUGAGCGAGUAUGCAUCUAACAUCCGAAUAGGAUAAAUGUCCAUGCGAACUACUGCACGACACCCCUGCUUAAGGUUACAUCCACCACAGAUACAUGUUCACACCCUUGUCAUCGCGAAAGGCCCCGAGGAGCGGCAUAGCCUCUAUAACGGAGUGCACCGCCCGGGGCUUAACAUGCGAUAUUAUGAAUGAUACGCGAUCCCUGUCGCUUGCCUAGUUUUAUAAGCCCCGGUGCGCCGUUGUUGGGGUGAUACUCACCCGCAUUGCGUGAAAUCGACAAAUGGCCUCCUCCAUUGCCGCUACUGGCCUCCCCCAGUAUAUGGGGUCCCCACCUACUCCAUGGCGCGAUGGGGAUGACCGAUGCUCCAGCCCGUUUCCAGAAAAGAUCGGAAACUUUCCCGAUGACGAGUCGGACAGCCACUUUGAGUUCAUGGAGGAGAGUCCAACACGACCAGCGUUGGUUAGACGACGAGCGGAACAGCUGUCGCAGCAAAGGCGCUUCAUGAGUAAGUCCGAUGCUAGUCGCAGCUCCACUACGCGACCUGCAUGGAUUCCACCGGAUGCGGCCUAUGUGGAAAUCUCCGAUGAUGAGUCCGAUAAGGAUCUCUGUCCUCCGGCAUCAGAUCUAGACCGCGGUAUGACCGUCCCCCAAGUUCAGAUGGACGACCAAGACGCCUCCAUGCCAUCCACAAAUACGUCAGAGGAUGAGCGAAUGGAUUCAUCGGAUGACGAGGCCGGCGGAUCAGUGUCCCCCUUCUCUUCAGCAAGUCUGCAAGAAACCCCGAGGACCGAGGUCUCUGACGAUGCAUUAGCGGACUCACAGCGUUCGCCUAAAUUUAUCCCAAAUAACAAGUCGACUGAGGAUAUUGUGUUCGCCGUCCGCGAUGUGAUCCGUGGAGCUAGCUCAAGGAAGCCUGAAUCAUCUUCUGGAUACGUAUAUGUCCUCUACGAUCCAUCGGAGGAGAGCCCGUUCUACAAGAUAGGACAGUCCAAAGAUGUGGAGAGGCGAACUAAGCAACACAACGCAAAUUGCAGACUCGGGACGUGGACAACAAGGAAAAGCCCGAAGUGUACUAAUUUAUAUAAGACCCUUGAAAAGCUUGCUCUCGCCGAGCUGAAGAAUUUGAAAUACGAGCCCAACUGUUCCUGCCCAACUCAGCACAGGGAGUACUCUUGGGGCGAAGUGGCAGAUGGCCUGAAGAUCGUGCGCUCGUGGUCACGAUGGCUGACUGAGGAAGAGCCAUUUGACAACGAGAGCAAUCUGAAGCCAUUCUGGGCUGACCGUCUCGAGGCCUUUACAUGUGGAAACUUGGGUUCCUUUAACUGUAUGAAAGUCGGCUGUACCAAAGAAGCUGAGGAACCACAGGCAUGCCAGGCGUGCCUGCGGGAAGGAUGGAUGACAUUUACCGAACCGACCUCGGAAGAUAGAUUCGAGUACAUCUGUAGGAUAGCCACAUCCUCUCGCUGGGUCUGUUGGGUAUUACAGACCUGUCAUAAGCGCUUUCCAUCCUAUGAAACUAGGCUGGCCUCCCUUGUCAACUGGAUUAUUCUUGGGCAACAGCUGUGGGACUCAGUUUCGAGUAUUCAACUAAUCUUGGUGACAUUAUUCAUAAGAGGCAUCUAUGUCACAGCGUUGGCAUGUUGGAACCACGGGAUCGAUAAAUCUGAGUUUCUUGACUUAUUCCUUGACCUAUUCCUGGCAGUUAUUGCUGCUUAUCGUCUGUUUCUCGUCGGCACACCUACUGCUGUCCCUGGGGAUGAGAAGCCAAUACGGAGAGUCAACGGAUCUAGAUCGCCAAGCAGGCAAUUUGAGCGUACGGCCUCAAAAUCACCUGGUCAGCGUAACCCAGGUUCGAAUCGACCACCGAAGAAGCCUCGUCCAAGCAAAGCUUCUGGCGCUGAGGGGGAGAAUAAAGUAAACAGCCCGAACAAAGAACACAGCGACGAGAUGAAGGAGCUCCCUGGAGAGAUGCUUCCUGCGUCUCCCCUUACUCCAGACCGAAGCCUUACUCGCCAGACAAGGAAGAAGGGCGUACGAACGGGAUGACCUGCGCUGAAGCUCACGACAAAUAUCCCAAAGCAUAUCUGAUUUUCUUUACGCAGGCCGGGUUGCUGCUAUUAAGACUGUUAAAUUUCAUAUAGUCUUCACUUUGACAAGUAUUGCCGGCUAGCAUCAAGCGCCGGAGACAUCUCAAACAUGAGGCAUCCGGACAGCUACCCUGCUGCUAUAAAUCGCCAUACACGACCAGGAUAUCUGGGACUGCCAGGGCAGAGAAUAUGGGGUUCUAUUGGACCCAUCGCAAUCGCUCAAAUACCUAAGGAGACGCAUACAGACUGCUAGAGCGGUUGGUAUAGCCGACGGGACGGGGAGGAGCCAGUAUGGGCGGAAUCUACAGCAGCUUUACCAGACGAAUAGUAAUCUUUAGAUCGUGUAUUUUGUUUACCGGAUAAUAGAGUCCAAAUUUCGUAUGUUUCAAUGCUAUGGCU